UGACAGCGGCUGCAACAGAACUGUUCUCGCUUCUCGGAGGUCAGGACAAGAGAGGAGGACUUUUGGGUGAUUUUAAGGCGCCAUGGGCUGGAUUCCGGACGAGGGCAAGGGUCUUCCGCCGCCCGGCAUCGUCAACCGUAACUCGGUGUGGCUGGCCGUCGUGGGCUGGUGCACGGCCAUGCUCCAAAACGCCAUUAAUCACCGGCCGCCGCUAAAGUCAGGAGCUCAUCGGCAGGUCCUGUUGUCGACGAUCGGCUGGUUCAUCGGCUACCACGUGACCAAAAAGGAAAAUUACGUGCAUGCCAAACUGGACCGAGACAUGUUGGAGUACAUGAAACUGCACCCGGAUGACUUUGCCCCCAAGGAAAAGAAGACCUUUGCCGAGAUUGUCGAGCCUUUUAUUCCUGUGCGCUAAGCUGUCGUUUGACAUCUUUAGAUUCUGUAUAUAAUUCAUUAAAAGGAACUACAAUAUAAUCGAAGUGUCUAGCGUUCCAUUUUUUAUUUCAUUUGGUAAGUUCGAUUUCCAUUCGUUUUGCAUGAAAUUGUGUCUUAAGAAUUUUUCGGACAUAGGAGUUACUGAUGUGAUCUUUCCCGUCAAAUAAAAUUCAAAUAAAAGGACAGAUUUACUUUUUUUUUUUUUUUUUU